AUGGCCUUCUGCGACGUCGCCAUCAUCGGCGGGGGACCCGCAGGGCUCACGGCGGCAGCCACACUAGCCCGCCAGCUCCAUACGGCCGUCGUCUUCGACUCCAACAAGUACCGCAACGCGAUGUCCAAGGAAAUGCACAUGGUGCCCAGCCUCGAAGGGAAAGACCCGGCCGAGUUCCGGCGCGAGGCGAGGGAGGGCAUCACGUCGAAGUACAGCACGGUCGAGUUCCAGGAUGUGGCGGUGACCAAGGUGCAGAAGAAGGGCGACGCGCACUUCGUCACGACGGACGCGGACGGAAAGACAUGGAGGUCGCGCAAGGUCCUCCUGGCGAUCGGGUCGACGGACGUGUUCCCACGGAUCGAGGGGUUCGACGCUCUCUGGGGCACGCGUAUCUUUCAUUGCCUGUUUUGUAAAGGCUACGAGGACCGCGGUGCUGAGUCGGCGGGCGUGCUGGCGGUUGCGCCGGUGGCCCUGCCGACGGACAUGCUGGUUAUGGUGGCAGUGCACGCGGCAGCCAACGCAGCGCAGCUGGCUGGGAGCGUAACGCUGUACGCCAACGGGGACAAGGCGCUGGCGGCCGGGCUCAAGGCCGCGGCCAGGAAGCAGGCCGGGUGGACGGUGGAGCCGCGGAAGAUCAGGCGUCUUGCAGCCGCGGGCGAGGGAGACGGCGAAGGCGACUCGGUGGCGGUGGAGUUCGAGGACGGGAGCAGCAGGAGGGAGAAAUUCCUGGUCAACCAGCCGCUGACAGUGCCGGGCGGGCCGUUUGUGGGCCAGCUAGGGCUGGCGACGAGCCCGCUGGGCGACAUCCAGGCCGAGCCACCGUUUCACCAGACCAGCGUUCGAGGCGUGUUCGCGGCCGGUGACUGUAUGACGCCCAACAAGGUGGUGCCCACUGCCAUCGCCAGCGGGAGCAACGCUGCGGUCGGGGCUUCCACUCAGCUGCAGUCCGAGAAGUACGGCUUCAAGUCUGUGGUGUGA